UCACAGGACUCUGUGACCUUCGAGGACGUGUUCGUGUACUUCUCCCGGGAGGAGUGGGGACUCCUUGAUGAGGCUCAGAGGCUGCUGUACCGCCAUGUGAUGCUGGAGAACUUUGCCUUGGCAGCCUCACUGGGUUGCUGGCGUGAAGCAGAGGAGGAGAGGACACCUUCUGAGCAGGAUGUUUCUGUGGAAGGAGUGGCACAGGUCAGGACUCUGUCCACCCAGAAAGCCCAUCCCUGUGAGAGAUGCGACCCUGUCUUCGAAGACAUUGUACACCUGGCUCAGCACCAGGGGUCACACCCCACAAAGAAACCGUACAUGUGUGAACUAAGUGAGAGAAACCUAUCUGGUGCAAACUUUCAACAGCAGCAGGAGCAACAUGGUGAAGAGAAUCCCUUCAGAAAGGAUGAUGGUCAGGCCUCAUUCGUGAAGAACUGGACAGUCCACAUGGCAAGGUGGCCCUUCACGUCCAAGGAAGAAGGAACGGGUUUCCUAGACAGCCCUGGCCUCUUCCAGCAGCACACUACUCACACUGGGAUGAGACCAUCCAGAAAGACUGAGUGCAUGGAGUCCUUUCCGCACAGCUCCACUGUCAGUCAGCACCAGGGUGCUUAUGCUGGACACAUGCUCUUCAAGUGUAGCAACUAUGGGGAAGCUUUUCUGAAGACCUUUGCUCUCCUUGACAACUGGAUCACUCAAACUGAAAGACCCUUCAGGUGUCUCACGUGUGGAAAUGCCUUCAAGGAGAAAUCAGCUCUUAUUAAACACAGAAAAACUCACAGUGGAGAAACAGCUCAUGUGUGUAAGGAAUGUGGAAAGGUCUUCACUCACCUGUCCCACCUCAGAACGCACCAGAAAUUUCAUAUAGGAAAAAGGCAUUACGUGUGCAGCGAAUGUAGGAAGGCCUUCAGCCGUAAAGACACCCUUGUUCAGCAUCAGAGAGUUCACACUGGAGAAAGGUCUUAUGACUGCAGUGAGUGUGGAAAAGCCUAUAGCAGAAGCUCCCACCUUGUUCAGCACCAGAGAAUCCACACUGGAGAAAGACCUUAUAAGUGUGAGGAAUGUGGGAAAGCCUUCAGCCGGAAAGACACACUUGUUCAGCACCAGAGAUUUCAUACAGGAGAAAGACCUUAUGAGUGCAGUGAAUGUGGGAAAUUCUUUAGCCAAAGUUCCCACCUGAUUGAGCACUGGAGAAUUCAUACUGGGGCAAGGCCUUAUGAGUGCAUUGAGUGUGGAAAAUUCUUUAGCCAUAAUUCCAGCCUCAUCAAACAUCGGAGAGUCCACACAGGAGCAAGGUCUUAUGUAUGCAACAAAUGCGGGAAAGCCUUCAGCUGCAAAGAUACACUUGUUCAGCACCAGAUAAUUCACACUGGGAUAAGGCCUUACGAGUGCCGUGAAUGUGGGAAAGCCUUUAGCCGUAAGGACACUCUUGUCCAGCACCAGAAAAUCCACACUGGAGAAAGGCCUUAUGAGUGUGGUGAAUGUGGGAAAUUCUUCAGCCAUAGCUCCAACCUUAUUGUUCACCAGAGAAUUCACACUGGAGCAAAGCCUUACGAAUGCAGCGAAUGUGGGAAAUGCUUUAGCCACAAUUCCAGCCUCAUUCUACACCAGAGAGUGCACACUGGAGCAAGGCCUUAUGUAUGUAGUGAAUGUGGGAAAGCCUACAUCAGUAGCUCCCACCUCGUCCAGCACAAGAAAGUUCACACUGGAGCAAGGCCUUAUGAGUGCAGUGAAUGUGGGAAAUUCUUUAGCCGCAACUCCAGCCUCAUUCUACACCAGAGAGUUCACACUGGAGAAAAGCCUUAUGUGUGCAGCGAAUGUGGGAAAGCCUAUAGCAGAAGCUCCCAUCUUGUUCGGCACAAGAAAGUGCACACUGGAGAGAGGCCUCAUGAGUGCAAUAAUUUUAGUGACCCUUUAUCUGCAUCUCUUUAA